CUAAGUCACAAAGUUACGGGCAAGUGGGCAUCCUUUCGACAGGGCUCUCAGGCAUAGAGCUGGCCACUCUCCCUGAUGAGCUGGGGAAGUCACUCCAUCUCCCAGACUGAGUUGGAGUCAAGUCCAUGCACAUCCUCCCCCUGCCAAAGCCCUCUCUCCCUAAAGCUCACUGGGACAGAGGGAUGAUUUCAGGCACUCCUGGGAUUUGCCUAGUCGAGGCCAGGACACACAGCUUGAGGCAGAGGUGAAUGGACAGGCAGGCUUUUUAGGGAAGCAGCUGAGAGGUGACAAGAAGCAGGCAGCAGCCCUCGAGAGAGUCCUGCAGCAUGGACGAUGAUGACGAGCCUCUUGAGGAUGAAACACAAGAUGAGACUGAGACUGAGGUAGCACUCCAGAGCAGCGAUGACAUGCUCUACUGUGAGGCCGAGGCUUCCCCCACUGUCGAGAAAGAGAAACCCACCUGGGAGGAUUCAGAAACGGACCUGGAGAUUGAAGAUACUGAGAAGUCCUUCACCACUGGACAAAAGGAGCUGUACCUGGAGGCCUGCAAAAUAGUGGAUGUGGUGCCUGUCUCUUACUUCCUCCGGAACAUAGAAGAGCCGUACAUGAAUCUCAACCACCACGGUUUGGGCCCCCUCGGUACCAAGGCUAUCGCUGUAGCCCUGGUGUCCAACACAGCUAUCAUCGGACUGGAGCUGGAAGACAACCGCAUCAUGAAGGAGGGCGUUCUGAGCCUGGUGGAGAUGCUGCAUGAGAACUACUAUCUGCAGGAGCUGAAUAUUUCCACCAAUGACCUGGGUUUGGAGGGGGCCAAGAUCAUCUCAGAUUUCCUCCAGAAAAAUAUUUCUUCACUCUGGAAACUUAAACUUUCAGGAAAUAACUUCAAGGAGGAAUCUGCAGCCCUCUUAUGCCAAGCCCUGUCGUCCAAUUACCGAAUUAAGAAGCUGGAUCUCAGCCACAAUGAAUUCUCUGACAAAGGAGGGGAACUCCUGGGUCAGAUGUUAGGCAUCAACGUAGGGCUCGAGUCACUGGAUCUGAGCUGGAAUCAUUUCCACAUUCAGGGAGCUGUGGCCUUGUGCAGCGGUCUGCGGUCUAACGUGACCCUGAAGAAACUGAAUCUGUCCAUGAACGGCUUUGGCAAUGAAGGGGCGCAGGCCCUCGGGGAGGUCUUCAGACUCAACAGCUGCCUGACCCACGUGGAUGUCAGCAGUAACAACAUCAGCAACGAUGGGGCCUCCAAGCUCAGCCGGGGACUGGAGUCCAACGAGACCCUCCAAGUGCUGAAGCUCUUCCUGAACCCUAUAAGUAUGGAUGGGGCUGUUUUGCUUAUCCUGGCCAUCAAGAGGAACCCCAAGUCUGUGAUGGAAGAGCUUGACAUUUCUAAUGUGCUGGUAACCGAACAGUUUACAAAAAUCCUGGAUGGGGUAUACGCUGCCCACCCGCAGCUGGAAGUGCUGUACGACACAGUGAAGAGCCUCUCCGGAAAGAAACAAGCCAUCUCCCUGCGGAUAAGACCCAUGAAACUGAUCCAGAGCUAUGCAGACCAGCACAAAAUCAAACUUGUGGACUUCUUCAGGAGCUUGAGCCCAGCUAGAAGGAUGGAGAUGCCUGUGGGCGAGUUCCGGAAAGCUCUGCUACAGCAAAACAAGGUCCCUAUGGACCGGAACCAAGUCAAGGAUCUGAUCAAGAAGCUAGAAGAGACCAAGGGCAUGGUGAACUUCAGCUCCCUCCUGUAAUGAAGCUUGAGCCGUGGUCCUGCCUUGGGGGCCAGGCAGGCGCUGCCACCCACAGGAGAGAGAUGAGAUGCACCUGCUCGGGCCCUGCCCAGGCCAGUCGUGUAAAUCACUCUGCAGCCGCAGGCCGACACUGAAUUUAAACUACAUUCAACCUUCUGCCAAGAUGACAGUUUUCCAAAUGUCUUCUUUGAACCUGAGCCACCUAACAGUCUCCCCCAUCAGCCAAGAACCUUCAUGGACCUGCUCCUGAUUCCCUGGCCUUUCAAGCCGGUUCCUUCAGAGUGCGAAAGUCCCUGUGAGGGUGGAGUCCCCUGGCAAGGGGGACAGUGGCAGCAAGGAGAGAAGAAUCGACAAGUGCCAUGGCCAGGGCUGCACACAAGUGAAUAAAAUCCUGCUUGAUUCUGGGCACCUCGGGGCUGCUGGUGGUGUACCCUGUGCAGGGGCAGCGAGCCUCCAACUUUUAGGACCACUGGUGGGCAGGUUCUGGGAGACCUUGUAAAGAGCC